GGGUAUAACCACCAACAUGGCAGAAAUAAUCCAACCACAGAGGUUUAUAAGGGUCCUGGAAGAGAACCAGAACAUCACCAAGGCACCACCAAGAUUUAAGCAGCUGGGUUCAAGGCUCAAGUGGGGAACACAUAGUUUCAAAGGCAGAAGGAAUCGAAGGUACUCCCCAGCUUUGGAUGCUUCCUCGGCUUGAGGCUGCAUUUCAUCCAUCAUCUCCUUUAACUGAUUUUUCCAAAGCCUGUAAAGCUCCCCUCAGUAAACACCAAUGAUGCAUACAAAGGCAGUCCAAUUCCUCUGGGGAUGUUUCUUCCUGUGGAAUCUCUGCAUCUCAUCCACGCAGACCAUUUACCCUGGAAUCAAGGCCAGGGUUACUCAGCGGGCUCUGGACUAUGGCAUUCAAGCUGGAAUGGAGAUGAUUGAGCAAAUGAUUAAGGAAAAAAACAUCCCAGACCUAAAAGGUUCUGAAUCUCUAGAAUUUCUGAAGGUUGAUUAUGUGAACUAUAAUUUUUCAAACAUAAAAAUCAAUGCCUUUUCAUUUCCAAAUACUUCAUUAGCCUUUGUGCCUGGAGUGGGAAUCAAGGCACUGACCAACCAUGGCACAGCCAACAUCAGUACCAACUGGGAUGUCAAAUCUCCACUCUUUCAAGACACAGGAGAAGCUGAUUUGUUUCUGUCUGGGGUCUACUUCACUGGUAUCAUUGUCCUCUCCCAAAAUGACUUUGGUCACCCAAUCCUGAAGCUCCAAGACUGUUAUGCCCAAGUGAGCCAUGCCCACGUGUCAUUUUCUGGAGAACUCAGUGUCCUGUACAACUCCUUUGCUGAGCCCAUGGAAAAACCCAUUUUAAAGAACUUAAAUGAAAUGCUCUGUCCCAUUAUCACGAGUGAGGUGGAAGCCCUGAAUGCCAAUCUCAGCAUGCUAGAGGUUUUAACCAAGAUUGACAACUAUACUCUGCUGGAUUAUUCCCUCAUCAGUUCUCCAGAAAUUACUGAGAAUUAUAUCGAGCUGAAUUUGAAGGGUGUAUUCUACCCACUGGACAACCUCACUGACCCCCCCUUCUUGCCAGUUCCUUUUGCGCUGCCAGAACGCAGUGACUCUAUGCUCUAUGUUGGAAUCUCCGAGUUUUUCUUUAAAUCUGCAUCCUUUGCUUACUUUAUAGCUGGGGCCUUCAACAUCACUCUCUCCAUGAAAGAGAUUUCCAACCAUUUGGUUCAAAACUCUCAAGGUCUUGGCAACAUGCUCUCCCGGAUUGCAGAAAUCUACAUCUUGUCCCAGCCCUUCAUGGUACGGGUCAUGGCAACGGAGCCUCCCGUGAUCAGUUUGCUACCUGGUAACUUCACCCUGGACAUCCCUGCCUCCAUCGUGAUCCUCACCCAGCCUGAGAACUCAACUGCUGAAGCCAUUGUGUCCAUGGAUUUUGUUGCUAGUACUAGUGUUGGCCUGGUUAUCUUGGGACAAAGACUGGUCUGCUCGUUGUCUCUGAACAGAUUCCGCCUCUCUUUGCCAGAGUCCAGUCGCAGCAAUAUUGAGGUCUUGAGGUUUGAGAAUAUUCUGUCCUCCAUUCUCCACUUUGGAAUCCUCCCACUGGCCAACGCAAAAUUGCAGCAAGGAAUUCCCCUGCCCAACCCACACAAAAUCUCAUUUGUCAAUUCAGAUGUUGAAGUUUUUGAGGGUUUCCUUUUGAUUUCCACUGACCUGAAGUAUGAAACAUCCUUAAAGCAGCAGCCAAGUUUCCAUGGUUGGGAAGGUCUGAGUCUCAUGAGUGGACAGUGGAGGGGGAAGCCAGCCGCCUGACUGCCUAUUUGGCAUCCACUCCAGGAAGUAAAUGGCCCUUAAUCCCACAGCUGCCGAAGCCCAGGAGGGGAAGACAGUAGACACUGGAUUGUAAAGCUCUUGUGAAGUGCUUCGGUUGACAGUUUUCUUUCUCAAACCCUUGGGGACAGAGGGAGGCAAACUGAAUUAAAGAGCUAAAUCAGGGUGUGUGUCUGUGGGUGUGUGGAGGGGUGGGUGUUUCAACGUGUGUUUGUGUUCAGAUGCACAUUGUGUGUUUCCUGUGUUUAUAAGGUGCCGGGGCCAAGAGUGAGGCAUAUGCCUCUGAACAGGUGCAGGAGAAACUCUGAAUACAGGUUUGCAUGAAUGUUUCUGGAGGAACUCCCUUUAGAUCUCCUAGCAACCCAGGGUUUCCCCCACUUCCCUGCUUUUUGGAUUUUAUGUUUUAUAUUUACAGCUACUGCCCCUUGUAUUUAAUUAAACUUGUUUUCUAUCAAUGCCAA